AUGGUAACUAUUGUAACUUAUUUAUAUAAAAUUUGCUGGAUAAAUUUGUCUGGCUUGGAUAAUGCUGGUAAAACGACGAUAUUAAAGAAUUUAGCUUCAGAAGACAUAAAACAUAUUACACCCACACAGGGUUUCAAUAUUAAAAGCGUAGUAUCUGAUGAUGUGAAAUUGAAUGUAUGGGAUAUUGGAGGACAACGAAAGAUUCGUCCAUACUGGAAAAAUUAUUUCGAGAAUACCGAUGUUUUGAUAUAUGUAAUCGACAGCUGUGAUCGUAAACGAUUUGAUGAAACAGGCAUGGUAAAAAAGUUAUUUAAUAAUAGACGGAAAGGCACAGUACACCUUAAUAGUACUAAAAACACGGAUGUAUGGUCUAUAAGUAUUUUCAGUGACACCAGUGCAGGAGACAUUGACACAUUGGCUCUAUUGCUUGUUAUAAGAAAUUAUGCUUUGAAGGGUAGAUUUGAGAGAGUUUCUGAAGAGCUUUUUGAACUUCUGGACGAAGAGAAACUUAAAAAUGUCCCACUACUGGUUUAUGCUAAUAAGCAAGAUUUGGUGACGGCAGCUAAAGCAAAUGAAAUAGCAGAAGGUUUACAACUACUGUCCAUCCGUGACCGAUCUUGGCAGAUUCAAGGAUGUUCUGCUGUAACUGGAGAGGGUAUCAAGGAUGGAAUGGAUUGGAUCUCGAAGAAUUUACGGCAACAACAACAGAAGUCGAAAUAG